GGUGAGUUCUCAAUCUCGUCAAGAGUGGACACGAUUGUGAAUUGAGAACACGGACAACUCUGUUUACAGUCAAAUUUGAGUGAUGAAACUGGAAGACAAUGAAGGGCAUGGAGGAGCCAAAACAUCCAGCAGGAAAAGAACAGCAUCACAAUCUAAGAGGGAUGAGAGCCUAACAGACAGGAAGAGGAGUAAGGAUGGGGAAAAGGAAACCGAGUCGAAGCACAAGGCGAAGCACUCCAGUUCUAAACAACCUCGUAAACCUCUGCAGGAGCCGAAGAUCACAAGUUCUGGGAGUUUAAAAGCUGCCUCGGACAACGACCAUGCAGCUGUGGAGACCAAAGGUGUAGACGUGGAUCCAUCACCACCUUCUGGAAAGAAUGCCAUUGACUUAAACAACAAUAUCUCUGCCAAGGACACGGAAUCAGAUGAGAGGAAAGUGACCAAGAUGGAGAUACAGGAAGUUGACUUGUUCGCACCAAUCGAGCAUUCAGAUACGGAGAGGUCUUACAAAAAAUCCAAGAAAAGUGGGGAUUCACAAAAAGAUGACAAUCACAAGCACAAAUCUAGACGUAGAAAAAAGGGACACCACGGGACGGACAAGGAGAAAAACCCUGAGCAGAGAGAAGCUGGUGAAAUAUCAGCUAACAGGUCCGAUGGCAACUCUAAAAAGAGGAAGCGCAAAGAUUCAUGUGAAAGUGAUGUUCUACCGACAGGUGACAGUAAAAAAGAAACUGGCGUGAAAAAGGAGAAUGCCAAGAAAGAAAGGGAGAAGAAAGAUAUAGGUAGUAAAGACAAAAAGACAACCGAUGAAAAUAAACGUAAAAAGAAUCCAGAAGGAAAAGAGGAAUCUAAGAAGAAGAAGAAAAAAAAUGAUGGAGAUGAGGAUGGGAAGACCAAGAGGGGUGAAAGGAAAGAAGGGGUGAACAGUAAAUGGAAAUGGUGGGAGGAAGGUAAUAUCAACAACGGGAACAAAUGGACCACGUUGGAACACAAAGGUCCACUUUUCCCACCAGAAUACGAACCAUUACCCAAUAGCGUGUCUUUCUUUUACAAUGGGAACCCUGUAAAACUGAGUUUGGCUGCUGAGGAAGUAGCCACGUUUUACGCCAAGAUGCUGGACCACGAAUACACAACCAAGAGUUCCUUCCAGGAGAACUUCUUCACCGACUGGAGAGAGGAAAUGACAGCAGAGGAGAGGGAACAGAUCCAGAAGUUGUCGAAGUGUGAUUUCACACAUAUCAACAAGUACUUCCUGGAGAAGUCUGAGGAGAAGAAGGCAAUGACUAAAGAACAGAAACAGGUCCUGAAAGAGGAGAACAACAAGCUGAUGGAGGAGUACGGCUUCUGUGUGCUGGACGGUCACCGGGAGAAGAUUGGGAACUUCCGUGUGGAGCCUCCGGGGCUGUUCCGUGGCCGGGGAGAACACCCCAAGAUGGGCAAACUGAAGAAGAGGAUCCAGCCAGAGGAAAUCACCAUCAACUGCAGCAAAGGCUCCAAUAUUCCGGUGGCCCCUACCGGCCACAGGUGGAGGAAGGUGCAGCAUGACGACACAGUGACCUGGCUGGCCUCCUGGGUGGAGAACGUCCAGGGCAACUUCAAGUACGUCAUGCUCAACCCCAGCUCCAAACUCAAGGGGGAGAAGGACUGGCAGAAGUACGAGGUGGCUCGUAAACUCAAGCUGAAGGUGGAGACCAUCAGGAGGCUGUACCGUGAGGACUGGAAGAACCGAGAGAUGAAGACCAGGCAGAGAGGAGUGGCUCUCUACUUCAUAGACAAGCUGGCCCUGCGAGCGGGGAAUGAGAAGGAGGAGAGUGAGACAGCGGACACGGUGGGCUGCUGCUCUCUGAGAGUUGAACACAUCACCCUGCACCAGGAGAAGGGGGGCCAGGAGUUCAUGGUGGAGUUUGACUUCCUGGGCAAAGACUCAAUCCGCUACUACAACGAGGUGCCUGUGGAGGGCAGGGUUUUCAAGAACCUGAAGUUGUUCAUGGAAAACAAGGAGCCUGAGGAUGACCUGUUUGAUAGAAUAAACACCACCUACUUGAACAAGCACUUGAACCAGUCCAUGCCGGGGCUGACAGCCAAAGUGUUCAGAACCUUCAAUGCCUCCACCACUCUGCAAGAGCAACUCAACAAGCUCACCACUGCUGACAUGAGUCUGGAGGAGAAACUGCUGUCCUAUAACCGAGCCAACAGAGCUGUGGCCAUUCUCUGUAACCACCAGAGGGCAGCACCCAAGACCUUUGAGAAAUCAAUGCAAAACUUGCAGGACAAGAUUGCCCAGAAACAGCAACAGUUAGAUGUGGCCAAGAAGGAGCUGAAAGGAGCCAAAAAAGAACACAAGAAGGGAGGAACUGAGAGGACCAGGAGGCUUGUUGAGAAGAAGGAGUCUGUGGUGAAGAGGCUGGAGGAACAGCUAAAGAAACUCCAGCUGCAGAUGACUGACCGAGAGGAGAACAAGGUCAUCGCUCUGGGCACGUCCAAACUCAACUACCUGGACCCCAGGAUAUCAGUGGCCUGGUGUAGGAAGUUCAAUGUGCCAAUUGAGAAGAUCUACAACAAAACCCAAAGAGACAAGUUUGCUUGGGCCAUUGAUAUGACUGAAGAAGAUUUUCAGUUUUGAACUGUGGCGCCCCGUCAGACAGGAUUUUGCGUUGUUUAUGUUCCCCUUGUUUCUCCUUAUUUCCUUAAUGGUUACCAGCAGUGUUUGUUUUCUGACUCGACAAUGCACAAGUCUGUUAGAAUUAAGCAGUUACAAUAGACAAGAGGCACAUUUUGUGUUUAGUAAGAUUUGUUUCCUUUGUUAACAAAAGUAAAUGUGUAAAAUAAAAUAAAUGUUCAUUGAUA